UACCCUGUAGGAACUCUGCUUCGGCGCUAAAGGUUCCGUUUUCGUGAAUGGUCGGAAUUGUUUUGCUGCUGGAAUAAUUAGCGUCGUGUUCGCGUGGAUGGAAGUUUAAACUUUUGGUGUUUUGAAGCCACUGAAGUAUAGUUCAGUGUUUUGAAGCACAGUAACUGAGAGUUUUGGAGCCGGUGUCAUGUUUCCGUUGAGCUGUGCGACGUGUGCGCUUUGUCGGAGGCCUGUUUCCUUCAGGACGAUCAGCAGAAGCAUGAGUGCAUCAGCGAACCCGCAGGUCCAGACGCAGGUCUUUAAUGGAGAGAAACCCAGGAGGCACCCAGGGCUGACUAACCUGAAAACUCUGCACCUGCCCGUGGAGCUCCAGAAGACUGCACAGUUCAUUAUCCAGAGAGCUGUAAUCAAGCAGCUACCUGAACGCGCUGAUAGCUUCACAAACUUUCUGUGGAGCAGAAAAAGAGCAGUGGAGGAUUCAGACCUGCAGCAGAAAGCCAAGAGUCUGGAGAAUGAACUUUGGCUGGAAGCGCUGCAGAAGGGAGGAGACAUAGACGACGAAACACUGAAUGAUCGCAUCACGAAAAAAGUGCUGUCAGAACUCAGAAGAACCACCUACCACUGGACCCCUAUGAAGUAUGAUGAGGAGCUCAGCAUGUUGUACAUGGCUGCUCGGCUGGCCGGAGGGUACGCGGCGGUGAUGAGGGCUCUGAAUGAGAUAAAGAAGCGAGAUCCUUCUUUCGCUCCUUACUCUCUACUGGAUUUCGGUUCAGGGCUGGGAACCGUCGUCUGGGCGGCACACCAGCACUGGGGCGACACAUUGAAGGAGAAGGUGUGCGUGGAUAGUUCUGGACACAUGAACACUCUGGCAGAGCGACUUCUCAAAGGUGAUGAUAAACAAGCUGAACUUUCCAUCAAACAUGUCUAUUUCAGACAGUUCCUCCCCGUCUCUCCAAAGGUGCAGUUUGAUUUGGUGACAGCAGCUUUCACCCUCUCAGAAAUUCCCUACAGGAAGGACCGUGAAGAAGCCAUCUUCACUCUGUGGAGGAAGACCAGCUCAUAUCUUGUGUUGGUGGAAAAUGGGACAAAAGAGGGCCAUCAGAUACUCAUGGAGGCCAGAGACACUUUACUGAAGAAACAAGAGAAGAUCAUCCAUGAUACCAGAGCGCCAUCUGUUUUUGCUCCUUGUCCUCAUGAGCUGACGUGUCCCAAACUGAUGCAGGAGCACGUCGUCCCCUGUAACUUUCAGCAGCACUACCACCCUCUGCCACUGCCGGGGCGCAGAGAUCGUCAGACAGAGAAGUUCAGCUACCUGAUCGUAGCUCGCUCUGAACCCUCAGACCCCUCGGAGGUAAAAAGCAGCAGCGUGGUCUGGGCCAGGCUGAUCGCUCCGGUGCUGCGCAGGUCGAGACACGUCCACUGUCACAUGUGCUGCGCCGACGGACAGCUGCAACACAAGGUGGUGACGGCUCGAAAAAACAGCAGAGAGGUGUACCGCUGCGCCCGGACCAGCGACUGGGGAGAUCAACUCCCAGUCAUGAAGGAAGUCGAAGGCGACGUUGAGUCUGAUUCAGAGUAAAGAUUCAA